AUGCCAGUUCGUGUCAACCAACGCGCCGUUGAGGCGCGGGAGCGCAAGGCGGCAGCAGCAGCAGCAAAGGCAGCAGCAGCAGAACAGGAAGCUGAAAGAAAGAGAUGGGAAGACAAUGAUAAACUCGUUUCGCGCAAACUAGACAGGAAGAGCCAACCGCCCACGAAGCUCACACGAGCACAGAUACUGCAGCGACAGUUGAAAGCUGCAGCGAUGGAAAAAGAAGCGUUAUCGCCUUCGGAUGACGCAUCCCUGCCACGGCUUGAGCCAAACAUCAACCAUAUCAUGAGGGCGGAGUCUAUGCAGGCUCAGCUUGAAGGUAGAGGUAUUGUUUCGGCCUCAACCCUUGACGAUGCUCUGAGCCAGCUGGUGGUCUCGGAUGGUCCUGGGGAGGACAGGCACCCCGAGAGGCGACUGAAAGCAGCCUACCGGGCGUACGAGGAGCAGAUGAUGCCGAGGUUGAAGGCCGAGAACCCAACACUCAAACGCUCGCAGCUGCUAGAGCUGCUGUCAAAACAGGCAAGUCAAAUGAAUUUGGGAGGGGAGAAGUAA